AUGCACUUUCCGCCCACCUUGCUGCCCGAGCCGCCCUCGCAGGUGCGCCAGAGCUACCACCCCGACUGCGAGGCCGCCGUCAACAGCCAUUUCAACCUGGAGUUCCACGCCUCCUUAGUGUGCCUGGCCACGGCCGUUUACCUCGACCGCGACGACGUGGCCUUGAAGCACUUCACCCGGUUCUUCCUGCGCCGCUCCCGCGAGCACAGCAGGCGGGCCCGGUGCCUGAUUCGCCUGCAGACCCAGCGCGGGGGCCGCCUCGACUUCCAAGACAUCAGGAGCCCAGUCAGUGUCAACUGGAAGAGCGGCCUCAAGGCCAUGAAGUGCACCUUGUUCCUGGAAAAGUUCAUGAACCACAGCCUGCUCCACCUGCACCAGCUGGCCAUCGACAAGAGCGACCCCUACCUGCACCGCUUCCUGGCAACUCACUACCCCAGCCAGCAGGUGGCGUUCAUCAGGGAGCUGGAGGGUCAUGUCACCAGCCUGAGCAUGAUGGGGGCCCCGGACGUCGACCUGGCAGGGUCCCUCUUUGACAAGCUCACCCUGGGCAACAGCGAUAAGAACUGAGCGUGGACUGGACUUCCCCAGAGCCACGGGGUGACCAGAGCGCUGGUCACCGUGCCUGCCAUGCACACGGCAAUAGUGCCCUGGCAGAAGAAGUUCACUUAAGUUUUUUUCUUCCAGCUUUGCCACUUCUUCCAAUAAACUUAUUUGGUUCCUAAAGAAAUAAAGGUCUCUCCUUGGUUCCUGUGUGCAAAUCGCUCACUUUUUAAAACAGGUAUCCAGGAGGCUCUCCACCCACCCAUGCCCCACCCACAUGCCACUCAGGAUCUCCACAGAGGGAGGGAGAAGGCAUUCCAUGGGGCCCUGGAAAGUGCAAAAUCCAUCUUCCCCUUAUAAACAAUGUGGGUAUAUAGGGGUGGUGAGGUGAGGCGCUGCUGAAUGC